AUGCAAUUCUUCCAACUCCUGAUUAUCCUUGCCGCUGGCGCUGCUCUGCCCGCCAGCGCAGCAAGCUGCCCUCCCUUCCCCUCCUCGGUGAUUGCGUUCUCAGCCGGCUUCCAACAGCCCAACCCGCCUCGGAUCAAGGCAGAGUACCAGACCAACUUCAUUCAACACAAGUGGAACCAGAACCUAUCCCACAUCACAACCGGGUUCAUCAACAACUCGCCCUCGCAGAAUUUCGUCCGGGCCGACGAAGCAUACGACGGGAAUUUGGCCUCGUCGCUGUUCAACUACGCCAACACGACCGACGAUGGUCUGGUCGACAACAUCCUGACCACCUAUGACCACGACUCCACCAAACCCACGGUGUGGCAGGGAUUCGUCAACUCGAACUUCCCCCUGUUCCCCGAGGACAUCCUGAUCACCUAUGGUGCGGUGUUUGGCGGACUGGUCCGGCGGCGGUUCAACGAGGACUUGGUGGCUGCUUGGGAUAUCAUGUACCAGGGGGCUAUCCCUGUGACGGUGUACGUGGACCGCUGCAACAUCAUGGUUGGAUAUGACUAUUUCUCGCCGGGGUUGCGGACCAGAGUGAUUACCGAAUACUUUAACGUGGAGGUCUGA